CCAGGGCUUGUUGACGUUUUGAGAAUGUGCAAAAACUUCAAGAUUUUCGUGAGAAAGCUACAAACUUGCUGCUUGUUCACUAGAUUCUCCAAAAGGGUCGGGCAUUGUGGUGAGUUCGAGGAAGAGGGUAAUGCCGCAUGGAUGAUCCCAAGCGAUGUGAAGGAAGGACAUGUAGCGGUGAUUGCUGUUGAAGGAGAGAGAGCUAAGAGGUUUAUUUUGGAGCUUGAAGAGUUGAACAAACCUGAGUUUCUGAGGCUGCUCGAGCAGGCGAGGGAGGAGUUCGGGUUCCAACUCAGAGGUCCUCUGACCAUUCCCUGCCAGCCGGAAGAAGUACAGAAGAUUCUACAGGGAUGCAGAGAGUCUUGAUUUUAGAUUGUAGAAAAACAUUGUUAGUUGAAAAUUCUUUUCUUACUCAGUUUUUUUUUUACCUCUUUAACACUUAUUUGGAUGAGGGG